AUGGCUCGCUCCAGAAGAGAUAAAGAUGUUUCUUUAACCAAAGUCAAGAAGAAAACUAGAGCUACCAAAGAGAACUUAGUAACAGAGGUGAGAAAAGCUGCUGAAGAUUACGAGAAUGUUUUUGUUUUUACCAUUGAAAACUUGCGUAGUACAUUAUUCACAGAUAUCAGACAAAAGCUUAAGUCUACCACACGGUUUUUCUUGGGUAGAAAUAAUGUUAUGUCUAUUGCUCUCGGCAGGACUGCUAGAGAUGAAUGUGCAGAUGGUAUUCACAAGGUGAGCGAGCAACUGAAAGGAAACUGUGGUCUGAUGUUCACCAACUUGUCUUCUGCCGAGGUUAAAAAGUUCUUCGAUGAUUUGAAGAUCGCGGAUUACGCUCGAGCUGGAGAAGUAGCCACUCAAACUGUUGCUUUUCCACAAGGACCACUGGAGAAGAUGGCUUUCUCUAUGGAACCACAACUCAAGAAACUUGGUUUACCAACACAAAUGGUUAAAGGAGUUAUCGAACUUACCAAAGAUUUUGAAGUUUGCGUUGCUGAUAAACCUAUUGGAGCUGAAAGCGCUAAGAUUCUGAAACUAUUUGAGAUUAAGAUGGCUUUCUUCCAAGUAAAGCUCAAAGCAUUCUGGUCCAAAAAAUCUGGAUUCAAAAGCUUGUAA